GGCAGUGCGGCGCGGUGGGGUUGACGUGGCCGUGCGGCGCAGUAUAGGGUGACGCUGCAUAGUACAAGUAAAACUGUCGGUUGGACUAGUGUCGGGCGGUGCUAUGCGUCUAACCGAAUGUCCGUUUCAAAACUACGCUGAGCGACUCCUCGCGUUACCUCAGCAACUCGUUAAAUAGUGUAUUUCGUGAAUUUGUUGAUUGUUGCGGUACCACAGUGGCACGGUCGACCGCUCUGUGUUUUCGCGUACAUAGAUUUCGUUAUAUUUUGUUUUCCCACGAAUGUCAUACCUUAUUGUCUAAAUUAUCGCGCGCGCCACGCUCUCUAGCGUCAUGACCGUACGAGUGUAAUAGUAUUAUAUUUGUUGUCUUUGUUGUCACUUGCCGCACGCUGCACAGUGUGAGCCUUGAAGAGCUACGCCUGGAGCGCACAGACAUACACCAUGAGCAAUAGAAUAUCAGAAUUCGCACAGGUAAUUAUCAUCACAUCAAUGUUAUCUCUUGUCGCACAAACUCCGUUAACUUACUUUUACCUUUUAGUAGGUAAUAUUAUCGUUUGUGUACCUAAAAUUGUUAACUGUAUAAAAAAUUUUUUUUAAUCAUUCAGAAAUUUCUGUAUGUUGAUAAUCGUGAUGUAAAACCAUGUUGUUUCGGUAUCUGUUUUACACAAUGUUCAUCAGUGAUUGAACCGUUGUAAUUAAAUGAAACAAUAGAAGUGAAUACCUCUGCCUACGAUCCAAACCGUUUAAUUUAACGAUAGGUAUAAGAUAGAUAUAGUAUAAGUAUAGUAUAGUACCUACCUCAACAGCGUAAGACACUACAGUGAAAUAAAACAAUACAAAUUCUUGGUGUAUACUAAUAAUAGAGUAGGUAAAUAUUGAAAAUAUAUUUAGGUAUUAUAAACAUGUUGCCUAUUUUGUAUGAUAUGAUCCCAAUUAAAGAUUGUAAUAUUAAAUAGGUAAUAAAGUAUUAUGCGCUAAAAUUGAAUUUGUUUACACCAUAUUUAAGAGAGAAUAUAUUUACUAUUAUGAACACUGUACUUAAAUCUAUCGGAUUACCAUUUAAAGCCAAAAAAUGAAUUUGAUUUCUCUAUACGAAUUGUCGAAUCUACGAAUCUAAUUGUAUUUAUAGGGGUACUUAUUAACUCUGUAUACAUUUUGGUUUUAAUUAUUAGGAUAAAAUUGCUUUUUUCAUAGUCAAAUAGGUUCAUAGGUAUACAAAUGUUGUAUUGCAGUCUCAGCUCUUUUAGAUGACAAAGUAGGUACCUAUUAAAUAUCUGUUUUCACUCUAGUUUUCACAGUUUCAGCUGUACUAAAAGAAAAAAAAUAUUUCGCACAAUUUUACCAUUUUUUUAUUUUUUUUAUAUUUUCAUUAUUUACUUAUACAAUUUUAUAUUAAGAUUAAAUAAUAAUUUAAAAAAAAAAAAUUUAUCUUUAGAUUUUCAAUUAUAAAUAUAUUUACAGAUGUAAAAUAUCUCUGUAAAAACAUAGAAAAUGUUUUCGUCUUAGUGAAAUACCUCAUUUUUGUUAUGUCUAUUAGCGCCAGAGGACUGCUAGAUAUUUGAAAAUACAUUUGUUAAAUUGCCCGUUUUAAAGGUCAGUUUUACUGUGACGUCAUCUUAAUAAAAACUUGUUUCCUAAAAGUGCAUUUGUAAAAUGUAUGUUAAUUGUGUGAAUGCGAUAAUAGAUUAUUGGUGCAAAAAAAAAUAUAGGUUUUUAAUUUUUAUUAAUGUAUACCGUAGUGUUAAAAGUACUUUGUAGAAAUUCAGUAAAAAUGUAUGCCAUAAAAAGAAAAUAGAAAUCCUUAAAAUAAAAAUACAUUUUUAAAGAUUAAAAAUAUAAUAAUAAUAAUAAGUUGUUUAACUCUAUAAUGUAUUAAAUAGUUAUCUUAAUACAUUGUGACUCAUACAUAUAAUUUGAACACCAUUACUUUUACUCAUCUUAUUUAUAGAGGGAUUUGCUCACACAACAUGACUUGUUGCUUUCCAAAUGUAAUAUGUUUCCUAAUGAGAAUGAUAAAGUAUCUAUUUAUUGAUAAAUCUAUUUUUAAUGGGUCAUUAAAAGGUACUAUGAAUUCGAGGAAAGUGGUUCUCAACUUAAAAACCAUGCGAAAGAAAUUCUCAAAUACGAGCAAUGAUGGGUUAAUGUAGGUAUAUUCAAAAAAAUGGAAUGAAUAUUUAAACUUUAAAAAUUAUAAAAUCAUUUUUUCUCUUUCAUAUAGCUUAUAGAUAUUUAUUAUAUUAUAUGUAUAUGGAUUUAUUUUAAUUUUUUUUUAAAUUUUUAUUUCCAGUUUAUGUUAGAAAAUGAAUUCAAGUAUAAAGAACUGCCAACCCAGACUAUAACAACUAGAAUAUUAGAACCAUUAGAGAUAUCAGCAUCAAAUGAGUCAAGAACACUAUCGGAGAUAUCAGAACUAUCAUCGCCUUCAGAGUUAUCAGAUCUAUCAACAGCAUCACAGUUAUCACCAGAACCAGAGUCAUCAGAGUUAUUUUAUUCACCAACACCAAGAGAACCCACAGUAUCACUUAUGUCCUCAGAACUAACACAGUCAUCAGUAACAGAUUCUUCAGUACCAUCAUUGGUAACAGAGUCUUCAGUACUAUCAUUGGUAACACAGUCUUCAGUACCACCAUCAGUACUUGAGUCUUUAGUACCAUCAAUGCCCUCAACACUAACAGAACCCUUAUUAAAGUCAUUGUCUCAAGUAUCAUCAUUCAAGCGUCAUGUCAAUACUGUGGAACCAUCAAUUCCUGGUUGUCAUCUAAGACUGAGUCUUAAUGAAUUGGCUAAUCCAGUGAGUAUAUAGCUAUCAGAGUAAAAAAUCAAUUUACACAAAAUCCAAAAAAGUUAAAAACAACUCCUUACAUAACAUACAAUUAGAAGUAAUAAAUAAUAAUCCCCAUAACAAUAAAACAAUUAAAUAAAAACAAUUUACUCAUUUUCUCUGCAACAACUGAAAACAAUGAAUAUGUUUUUUGUUAUAAAUAUAUAUAUUAUAGUUAUUAUUACAGCAUUUGCAUGUUUUUGCUAUUUAGUAUGAAACAUUUUAACUAUGUGAAAUAAUUAAAUUUCUCAUUAUGCCACAAUAUCAAAUUUAAAAUUGGAAUGUGUAUACUUUUGCAUAUUUUAUAGAUUUAACAGUAAGUGCCUAUUUUUUCAUUUUUAUGUUGUUUUUUUUUUUUUUUGUUGAUAUUUUGAUAAAUAUUAAUCUAAAGCUACAAAUUUGACCAUUUAGUGAAAUAAAUAAAAAAGGUAUAUUAAUAUAAUAGUAUGUUUUUGUUAUCUACAACUCUCAGCUGACUAUAAUCUUUUUGUAAGUAUAAAUAACUUUACUUUUAGAAAACACAUGGGUGUAUAUAUUUAUAAUUUUAUAAAAUGAACCUAGUUGAAUACAUAAUAAUAAUAAUAAUAACAAUAACUUAAUAAUUAAUAAAUAUUUUAAAUACAUGUAUAAUUUUUUUAUGCUUAUGAAAUUGGUUAUUAGUGUCUAUUUUAGCAUAUAUUAUCAUGUUUUAAAAUGCUAUAAGUCCCUAACAUUGAUUAUAUCCAUGUUGAUUUAAUUAUUAUGAAUUUUAUGUAUCGCAAAUUAAAUGGUAAUACAAUGAAACAUUUAUUUAAUAUAAUAUUUUUGGGAAUCAAGACAUUCAUGCACCAUUAAAGAAUAAAUUAUUUGACUAAAAAAAAAAAAAAACCUAUUUUUGUACAGUGUAAUCACUGUCAUAUAUUAAAUAUUGGUUUAAAAAUAUCUGUUAAUUUUACUGCAGUACUGCAGGUUCAAUAUUGACAUGGGUGUUUAUAUAAAGUUUCAAUUUUAAUAAUAAGCAAAAAAAAAAGGUAAAAUGAUAAAUUAUCAUUUUAAUCAAAAUUAAGUUCUAGUUAAGAUUAAAAGAAUUAAUAAAAAUCAGUGUUAUACAUUAUUAUUAACAACUUUUAAUUUUUAUUCAUAGUAUACUAACAACGUGUAUAAUUUUUUUUAGACACCAGUAAAAACUAGUACCAGCACCAACGAAAAAGAAACUAGAUUGACCACUAUGUCUUCUUCUGGCCUAACUGAAAUUAAUGGAGAAUGUGAUUUAACAAAGGUAGUUAAGAUAAAAUCUUGAAUCCAUAUUUGUAUUUUGUGUUUUAUCUAUAUUAUAGUUAUAAAAUUAAUACUUAAUAGAUAGGCAAAUGAGGCUUGUGAAUAAAUUAAUGAAACUGGUUAGGUGGUUUUAACUGCAAUUUUAAAACACUAUUAAUUUUUCGGUUUUUAGGGUGGUAAGUUUGUAAUAAAAUUCAUAAAAUUUAUCCUAGGAUAAUGGGAACAGUUGCAGCCACUGUUAUAAGUAAUUUAAUACCCGAAUGCAACAAUAAAUCAUUGCUAAUGAAAAAAUAAUUCUGAGUGGAGUUCAGUUGUUAGUGGAGCUUUGUCAACAACAUAUUUAUAUGUUAUAUUAUUAUUAUGUAUCAAUUUCCUUUUUGUCUACAUUGUUCCCUGUUUCCCAUGUUUUUCCUGGUUGUUCACAUUUGCUGAAAACUCCUGAGAAAAUCGAAAAAUGGCCUCCUUAGCGUACCUUCUUAGUCAGAUUUUCUCACAGAAAAUGUGCUAUCAUUGUAAAGAAUAGAAAAAUUGAUAGUAUAAAAGUUGUUCACAGGUAAAAAGGCCUUAAUAUUCUUACCCAAUAUCUACAUUUCUUACCAGGUGAUCCAAUUAAGUAGAUACACUCAUUAUCUUGGAAAGUAUUAACUUUUUUAGAAAUUUGUUUUGUAAAAUAUUUAAGAAACAAGUUACUCUUCAAUUCUAUAUUUAUGUUAUUUUUUGUAGCCUUUUUUUUUUUUUAAGUAAAACCACUACUUUUGAUUUUCAAAUGGCAACCUAUAUCAAAAAUAUAAUGUUAUCAAAAAUUUCAACAUUGAAACAUUACAUUUGGGCAUUAUAGAUUAAAAAAAAACAUCCUACUAGGUACUUUUAUAAACAUGGAAACUUGCAAUAGAUUAUCCAUUGAAUUAUUUAAAUGUUAAUAAAAUGUAAUGUUAAGUACAUAGUUUUAUAUUAUUUUUUAUUUAUUAUUACAUAUGCCACUAUUAUGGCACUUUGAGUUACAAAGUUGACUGGAUUUACAUUUACAGCGGUUGGUCUUACAUGAUGUAUUGCAAGUACAACUCUUGUACUUUUGGCUACUCAAAUUAGACAAUUUUCUUGCCGCUUCUCUUAGAAAAUUUGUACUGGUGGUACCUCAUUCAGAAUAGUUUGUGGUUAGGAAUGAUUAAUUGUUGUGUACAGAUAAACAUUAAAUUCCCCUCUAUAUCGUCUCACUUACAACAGUGGCCCACCCAUCAUGCAAAGUAUAUUUGUUUUUUUUGUAUAAUGUAUAUUAAUAGUAUAUGUGAAUUUCUGUUUGUUUAGACAAAGACCAGUACCAACAAGGAAUCAACUAAAUUGAUAAAUCAGCCUUCUUCUUACCAAACAACAAUUAAAAAACAUAAUAAAACAAAGGUAGUAAUGUUCAAUAGUGAAUUUAUAUGUGUGUGAUGUAGUAUACUAAUAUAUUAUGUUAUUGGUACUAUUAAUUUCUAGGAAUUUGGGAAUGAAUCAAUUUCUGUACACCAAUGUCAGUCACUACCAGUUCACAAUUAUGUUGGUGACUAUGACAAACACCUUUAUAAAACACAAUAUUAUUCAAGUUCUGUUAAAAACAGCCCUUCAUACUCAAAUUCCAAGCAUAGACCUAUUUGUAGUACAUCACUGUUUAAUAGCAGGAAACUGUUACCACACAUAAAUUAUUUAUUGGAAAAACGAAGAUUGUUUAAGAAAUUGAACACAUCAGAUGAGGUGUGUGACGAUGGAAUAUCAGCCUCCAGUAGUCUCCGCAAUACUUCUAUGGAAUCUCCUGGAGGUGAGGUUAUAGCUGUAAAAUUCUCUUAGUUUAAAUCAUUUAAAAAAUAUGUUUACCAGCUAAUAUGAUAAAUACAUUUUUUUUUUUUAUAAAGCUAUAAUAGAAUGUUAAUUUUUAUUUUUCAAAAAUAUUUUAUCUCAUUAGAUAAUGGAGAUAAUAGUCAUUAUUUUCUUAUUUGUUAUCAUAUAAUGUAUUAUUUUGUAGAUACCAUUGUUAAGUCUGUUGAACGUGUAAAAUGUAUCUCAUAUUUGUCAACUAAUGGUCACUGUCCUCAAAUAGAGGUUGUCAACAACAUUAUAAAUGAAACUAUUCCAACAGAAUCAGAAAAUGGAUUAUCUACUUCCAAGGUAAUAAUAUAGCCUCUGUUUCAUCAUCCACUUCAUCAAAUACAAAUAGUUAUAAACAAUUUCUAUACUCAUAAAUUUAAGAAAUUACUUAGCCACCUUUUGAUAUCACAACUUUUUUAACUUGAUUUUUUUUUUCUUAGUUAAGUUUUCAAAUAAAGUUGACUGAAGGUUUUUGUUAGGAUAUCACUAAUUUCUUUAUUAACAUUUUGGAUAUGAUUGUUUUUUUUUUUUUUAUUAAGUGAAAAAUUCUUAGGACUUAAUCUUUGUUGUUUUAUGGAUUGAGUAUUUUAAUAUAUAAAUACCAAUAAUUUACCAUUCAUUCACAGUGAAAAUAAUUUGCUCUUUUCUUUAGAAAAUACAAUGAUUUAAAACUUCUACAAUAUCUUCUUUAUUUAUCCAACAUUUGUCUUUUGUAUUAGGAAAAACAAACAUUUUUCAUGAGUUCAAUUUUGUAAAAAAAUUCAAGCCUAUGUAUCACAAUUAGUUGUUACUCGAUUCAGGGUUGAAUAAUUUCAUCUAAUCGAAAAACCUGGAAUUAUAAGGGAAGAUAUUCUUAUAUAUUAGAGCUAUAUUUUACAAAAAAUGCUUAAACCUCAGAUUGUUGUUUUUCAAUAUAAUGCCAAUAAAUUAAACAUUUUUCGAUAAACCAGGUUUUGAUUCAAAAUAAUUGGAAAAACUCUACAGUUAUUCAAUAAUUUUCCUUGAGUUUUAAAUUUUGUAUUGAUAUACCCCUUCUAUUAAAAGCUCAAUAUUGUCAAUAUUAUACCAAGUAUGUCUGUUGUAGUAUUUUGAUGGUAUCUAUUGUCAUUUUAGAGAUGGUCAGUUAAAAUCCAAAUUCCAAAAAAAUAAAUUUAUUUUUUUUUUCACUUUUAAAAAACACCGCUCUUAUUCUAGAUGUUACUUUCAAUAAUUGAUUCAAAAUAAUUGGAAAAACUCUACAGUUAUUCAAUAAUUUUCCUUGAGUUUUAAAUUUUGUAUUGAUAUACCCCUUCUAUUAAAAGCUCAAUAUUGUCAAUAUUAUACCAAGUAUGUCUGUUGUAGUCUUUUGAUGAUAUAUAUUGUCAUUCUAGAGAUUGUCAGUUCAAAUCCAAGUUCCAAAAAGAUAAAUUUAUUUUUUUUUUCACCUUUACACAACACUGAUCCUAUUCCAGAUGUUACUUUCAAUAAUGGAAAAAAAAUUAGAAUUAUGUUAUCAUUGAUUUUAUACAUGUUUUUAAUUUCAGGAAAGCUCAGAUCCAGGGACAUCAUCAUUGCCAUCCCACCAUGUGGAAAUAGGUCCUCAAUGUUCCAACACUCUUAGAUUGUAUCAACCAUCCAAUGAUAAAUCACAUCAUGGUAUGAAAAAUCACAUUAUAUUAAUUGAGUUUAACAAUAAAUAUAGCCACUAAACUAUAGAUAUUAAACAUAAUGAUGUAACUUUCACAUAUUACAUGUAUGUAUGUAUGUUAUAAAGAAUGUGUGUGUGUGAGAAUUGUGUAAGAAAGAAGCAGUGACAUUAAUGAUGGCAUUAACUGUGUUAUGUACUAAUUUGUCUCCAAUGUAGUAUUUAAAUAGUUAAUAUCUGCACUAAUAUACAUAAAGAUAUUUAGUACUUAUUGAUAAUUUCCUUAUUGAUGUAGAUUCAAAACCGCUGGCUUCUAAUGACUUUGUGGAUUGUGAAGAGUCCCGAAUGGUCAAAAAGCUCAAAGAAACGCCUUCUACAUCCAGUUCUAUCCCACCACGAUCUCCAUUUACAAUGCGUUAUUAUAAUAAGCCGCAACAACUUGGAUUAGCUAAUAACAGGGUAGGUCAUUAUUAGCAAGCAUGGUAUUACUAGCAUACAGAUUAUGCAAAAUAUAAUAUAUUAUUAUCCUUGUAAACGUAUUACAAUUAUUUUUUUAAGAGUCCCGAAUGGUCAAAAAGCUCAAAGAAACGCCUUCUACAUCCAGUUUUAUCCCACCACCAUCUCCAUUUACAAUGCGUUAUUAUGAUAAGCGGCAACAACUUGGAUUAGCUAAUAACAGGGUAGGUCAUUAUUAGCAAGCAUGGUAUUACUAGCAUACAGAUUAUGCAAAAUAUAAUAUAUUAUUAUCCUUGUAAACAUAUUACAAUUUUUUUUUUAAAUUUUUAGAAUCAUGUCACCAACAUAAAAGUUUGUGUGAUUUUUUAAUUUUUGUUUUAAACUUACUAUCAUUUCAUCAUGUUAUAAUAAUGGAAAAAAAAAUUCAAGUCUAUGUAUCCCAAUUAGUUGUUACUCGAUUCAGGGUUGUCUAAUUUCAUCUAAUCGAAAAAGCUGGAAAUAUAUUUAUAUAUUAGAGCUAUAUUUUACAAAAAAUGCUUAAACCUCAGAUUGUUGUUUUUCAAUAUAAUGCCAAUAAAUUAAACAUUUUUCGAUAAACCAGGUUUUGAUUCAAAAUAAUUGGAAAAACUCUACAGUUAUUCAAUAAUUUUCCUUGAGUUUUAAAUUUUGUAUUGAUAUACCCCUUCUAUUAAAAGCUCAAUAUUGUCAAUAUUAUACCAAGUAUGUCUGUUGUAGUAUUUUGAUGGUAUCUAUUGUCAUUUUAGAGAUGGUCAGUUAAAAUCCAAAUUCCAAAAAAAUAAAUUUAUUUUUUUUUUCACUUUUAAAAAACACCGCUCUUAUUCUAGAUGUUACUCACUCUUAGAUUGUAUCAACCAUCCAAUGAUAAAUCACAUCAUGGUAUGAAAAAUCACAUUAUAUUAAUUGAGUUUAACAAUAAAUAUAGCCACUAUACUAUAGAUAAUAAACAUAAUGAUGUAACUUUCACAUAUUACAUGUAUGUAUGUAUGUUAUAAAGAAUGUGUGUGUGUGAGAAUUGUGUAAGAAAGAAGCAGUGACAUUAAUGAUGGCAUUAACUGUGUUAUGUACUAAUUUGUUUUCAAUGUAGUAUUUAAAUAGUUAAUAUCUGCACUAAUAUACAUAAAGAUAUUUAGUACUUAUUGAUAAUUUCCUUAUUGAUGUAGAUUCAAAACCGCUGGCUUCUAAUGACUUUGUGGAUUGUGAAGAGUCCCGAAUGGUCAAAAAGCUCAAAGAAACGCCUUCUACAUCCAGUUCUAUCCCACCACGAUCUCCAUUUACAAUGCGUUAUUAUGAUAAGCCGCAACAACUUGGAUCAGCUAAUAACAGGGUAGGUCAUUAUUAGCAAGCAUGGUAUUACUAGCAUACAGAUUAUGCAAAAUAUAAUAUAUUAUUAUCCUUGUAAACAUAUUACAAUUAUUUUUUUAAAUUUUUAGAAUCAUGUCACCAACAUAAAAGUUUGUGUGAUUUUUUAAUUUUUGUUUUAAACUUACUAUCAUUUCAUUAUGUUAUAAUAAUGGAAAAAAAAAUUCAAGUCUAUGUAUCCCAAUUAGUUGUUACUCGAUUCAGGGUUGUCUAAUUUCAUCUAAUCGAAAAAGCUGGACAAUUAUUUUUUUAAAUUUUUAGAAUCAUGUCACCAACAUAAAAGUUUGUGUGAUUUUUUAAUUUUUGUUUUAAACUUACUAUCAUUUCAUCAUGUUAAUAAUAAUGGAAAAAAAUUCAAGUCUAUGUAUCGCAAUUAGUUGUUACUCAAUUCAGGGUUGUCUUAUCUCAGCUAAUCAACAAACUGGGAAAUAUUAAGGAAUUUUAUGUUUCACUUUUUAAGUUUUGGAAAUUCAGAAAAAUUAUUUAGUCAGUUAAAAUAUAUAUAAUUUAAUAAUUUUGUCCUUUGUACUUUUGUUAAUAGAGAUUGCACUUAUUGUGAUUUAUAACAUUGACUAUAUAUUUUUUAUUUAUUAAUUUUACAAAAAUUAGAAUUAGCACUGUUAUUAAGUAGUGAUCAGUGAUACCAGUUAAGAAAACACCAUAAUUUAUUUUUUUUAAAGUUUUAAUAUUAUUACUCUUAAUGAAUACAUGAGUGCUUUUGACCCUUUGAUAAUCUCAUAAAAUCAUUUUUUAAAGAAAAAAACUCUUUAAUAAUAAUAAGUCUUAAUCAAUAUUAUUUGUAUAAGAACUAAUUAUGUUUAUUUUCAUGACUCCAAUUAUAGUAAUUUAAUUAAAAUCAAAAUUUAAAUUAAUAAAGGGUUCUUUUAAUAAUUAUUCCGACUUAUAUUAUCCAAUUAUGGCAACCUAGGUAUAGGUAUACAGUGUGAUUUUUUUUUUAUUAAAAACCAGCAAUUUUAUCAGUGGAUUUUAAAUGUAUUUUAAAUUUUUACCUCUACUCCUUGUGUCUUAAAUAAAGACAUAUUUUUUUUUUUUUUUAAAUAGGAACCUCUUUUUAUAGUAUGGACUAAAGUAGUAUGGUAGAGUGUAACCAUGCAAUUUAUUACCCUUCCAUACUACUUCUGUCUAAACUUUAAAUGGUUAUAACUCAUAAAUGGUAAAUCUGAUAUUAUUUUUAUGUAUAUAAAAAUUUCCAGAAAGAUAUUUUCUAUUUAAGCAAAUGUUCUAAAAGGGCGUUCUCAUUUGAAAAACAAAUGUGUGUGCUUAUUUAAGGUAUACGGAGUUGAGGUAAAACAUGAAAAGUGAUUUUAAAUUAAAUCUUAACAGAGUACAUAAAUAAUAAUGGUAAUCAAAUUCGAACCCUCGAAAUUUGCUGGUUCUUGAUAAAAAUUAAACUGUAUAUACAUAAUAAAAUUAUUGGUAUAUUAAUUUUUAAUUAGAUACUAAGUUAUUUUCUAGAUGAUAUUUUCCAAUUGAAAUGCAAUUUAACAAAGACAUAUUAUUCACUAUUCCAUCACUCAGGUUUCUCCUUUUAAGAGAAAAAAUAGAUUAUAAUCAGUUAUCUCAAAGUUAUACAAAGAUGUGUCAUGCCAAGUUUCAGUCAGAACUUAUUAUGAUAUCAAUUUUACAAUUAACAUAUUUUCUAAAAAAUAAUUAUAGUUUAUGGAAAUGUGCAUUUAUACUUCUUAUAUUGAAACAUGUAAUAUUCAAGUAUUUUCAUGUAAGAUUAUUUACAUAUAUCAUACCCUAAGAAAAACUCAAAAUCAUUAUUAUAUAUUUUGGAUUUACAAUAUUAGAUGCCAUGAAUUAGCCAUAUAGUUUGAGUUUAUAAUACAAAUUAGGUAAUAUAAAAAAAAAUUAAAUUAAAUAACAGUUAAAAAAGUUUCAUUUUAAAUUAUUAUUGUUUUGCAAUUUUCUUUUUUUUAAAUAAAUAAUUUCAAGUCUUAAAAACCUACAAAUUUUUUAACUCGGAGCAAAAGCCUUAGUUAAACCGUGUUAAAUAUGUAUUUGCAUAUAUUGUACUGCUACCAUUUUUCUAAGUUUAUUCAUAAUUUUUGACUAUAUACAAUAUGUCUUGGUGGCAGUUAAUGAUUUCACACCUAAUUUAUCAAUAAUUUGCUUACUAUUUUUUCACAGUUUUCAUCCUUAUUAUUGAGCACACAAUAUUUUCAACAUUUUUUCUAUUCCAUAACAUUGAUACCGUUCCCUUCAUAACUUUAUAUUUUGUUUUUUCAACACUUGAUUAUCAUCUCUUUUUUCUUUUAAAGGGAAUAUUACAUCUUGGAUUUGUAUGCCAAAGUUGUCAAACUUAUCACUCAUUAAAUUCACUGAAUCAGUUAAACUCUUUAAAUUGUCAUUAAUACAUGUACUGAGAUUUUUUGGUUUAAGAAAUGUUGUUUGAAUCCUGAUAUAUUGUGUUUGUUUGAACUUUGCAUUUGUAACAAAAUCAUUUUUGCUUCUUUCAAAAGUCAAAAGUUCUCUAGAAGUUUAUGAUUCUAAGUCUAAUCUCUACAAAAGUAGAUAAUAGGUCAGUGUUUUAAUCUCAAUAUAGGCAUCAGUAUUUAUUUAUAAUACUGGGUUUCUAUUUUUUCACUUACGAAAAUGUUGUUCUUGAGCUUUGCAUCAAUGUUUAAAAUUAUUAAAAUGAUAUAAAUAUAACUGAACAAAUUAAAAUUUACUACUUACACAAGCAUAGAUAACAUCUAAAAAAAAAAUUAUAUGUAUUUAUAAUUCUUUAUUAUUACUCUAUUUAUACUUUUAUUUGACAGAUGAAAGCUGAGGAACAAUAUAGAAAAGAAGAAUCCCUGAAAAAGAAUCAUAUUGAUAAUGAGGAAAGGGUACAAAGGAUUCCUGCUUUGAAGUUCACCUCAAAAUAUCUAAUAUCUUUGAGAAAAUUAGUUAAACAGCAAAAUCGCAAAAUAAGCCAAAUCACCAAAUCACUGAAUAUAAGUGAUAUGUUUAGACAAAUUAUCUAUCAGUCUACUAAUCAGUGCUUUGAAUAUUCAAACGAGCAUUUGUUUUCUGAGCAUAUGUUACUGAUUGCAU